CUGCUGAACAUACCGCCUCUUGAUGGGGCCCACUUCCUGUCCCACCAUGAUAUCACCCACCCUGCGACGCAUGCCAGGCUGCAGGAGCUCCUCCCCGGCGGCCAGGCGCACGUCAUCCUGAGCGACGUGGCGCCCAAUGCCAGCGGCUUCAGAGACAUGGACCACGAGAGACUCAUCACAAUCUGUCUGUCGCUGAUAGACUUGGCCCAGAAGAUUCUACAGCCCGGAGGCUCUCUGCUCUGCAAGUACUGGGACGGGCUCCUCGCGCAUGGACUCCAACAGAAGCUCUCCAGCGUGUUCGGUAGCGUUCGGACUGUGAAGCCAGAUGCCAGCAGGAAGGAUUCAGCCGAGAGAUACUUCCUGGCCAGAAUGUACCAGAAGCCAGCGAAGUGA